AUGCCCUCAACACUGUCACUCGCUGAGCUCAAGCAUCUCCAGCUCCAUGAUUUCGCCCAUCCCGAAAAAGAGACUUCGACGCAACAUCAGGAGUACUUGAGAUGGCGAUCAGAGUCCAGGCCUGCCUGGGCGGAUGAUCAAGUGGAGUCUAAACUGCGCCUCAUCAAGGAGCACGAGCACUUUAGUAUCGGCGGCGCAUUCGGAUCUGGCAAGUCAACAAUGUUUGCAGAAAUCUGCGCGUACGCCAUGCCCGGUACAGCGAUCCUCCUGCUCUGUCUGACCAAAGUCGGCGCAAGGAUGAUGUGCCAGUACAUCAGCUUCGAGGUUGGCUUGCCUACCAAGAAAGCCGAGAAGAAGGCGGACGAGAAGGAGCCACCAGAGGUUGUCGCUCUUCGCAUCAGCGAGAAGAGCGAGCACAUCGAGGAGGGUACCCGGAUCGCCGUGAUGACGGAAGGAAUGGUAUUCCGGGAGUUCCUGCACGAUCCUGAUCUCAGCCAAUUUGGCCUGGUCCUCUUUGAUGAUUGUUAUGAGGAGACGGGGUUGAUGGAUGUGUUGAUCGGCCACGCAAGGCAGCUCAUGAGGAGCGGGAACUCGACCCGCUUUGGCUUAAUCUCUGGUCCUACCGAGCUUACCCCUUAUCACUAUUUCCUCUCCCUCCCGCCCGACGCGCACUACGUCCUCCCCUCUCUCCCCUUUCCGCGCGAGGUCCGAUACGCCAGCUCGGCAUCCGCGGUCCUCGACCUCGAGACGUGGAUCGUUGACCAGCUCACCGUCCAGCUUGUCGAGACCACUGGCGACGUCAUGAUCUUCACGACCGGCCUCACCAGGUGCGAAAGCAUCAAGAAGCGUAUCUUCUCUGCCAAGCUGUACGGCAGGACAAGGAGAAGGCGAUCCGCAAGCGAGGCGGACACAAGCGGCGGCGGCAUCACUACCAACGUCUUUUCCAACACCAUCACCCCCGUCGGCUUCACCCUCGUGAUCGACACACUCCAGCGCAAGAUCAAAGUCUUUGACCCCAUCCUCGACUGCUAUCAGAUGGUCACCGUCGCCGCCUCACUCAACGAGGCCAACUCCACCGCCGGCCGGAUCGGCCGCACCCAGUCUGGUAUCGCUCUGCGAGCCGCUACCGAGGCGGACUUCAUCGCCACUACUGUCCGGUCUCAUCCACCCAAGGUGACGCGGGAGGAGUAUACGGCCAACCUGCUGUAUAAGCUGGCUCUGGAGGCGGAGGAUCAUGGGCGGGAGUUCGAGCUUCCACAUCAACCCACUCCUGCUCUCAAGCUUCGAGCUGUCACUACGCUCAAGCAUCUCGGCGCCCUCACCCCCUCCAGCGGCCUCUCGUCCAUGACCAUCACCAAGACCGGCAAGCAGAUGGCGCGAUUGUCGUGCAGCCCCGAAUACGCUCGCUCGCUCGUAGCAGCCAGCGAUAGGGGAUGCUUGGCGGAGAUGAUCCUCCUCGUCGCUGCGAAUUGCACCUCCCAAGCGAUUUUUCUCGCCGACAAGGAGCUCGCCGCAUCAAGAAUCCCUCCUCGAGUCCGAAAGGGUAUCACGGCCGCGCGCCGCAGGAUCGAGAUGCGCGAAGGGGACCACUUUGUCCUCUACAAUGCUCUUCGGCUUUGGUGGCAAUGCUUGGGCAAGAACGACCGGAACGAAGAGCCGGCAAACCCGGCUGCUGCUUCGGAGUCGAAGGCGAAGAAACCCAUCAAGCCUUCAACCAAGUUUGCAACGGAGCAUGGUCUGAGAGAAGAGGCGCUGUACGAGGCGGUCGAUCUAGCCAAGACACUCCGAGGUCAAGCUGGGAUGAAGGGGAUGCUCUGCAGCGGUCUCGGCAAAUAUCAUAUCUCCCCGUACAUCAACUUCAAUCGCGAGCCCGUCCAGUAUCUCGACCAGAUGCGCAAGAGCCUACUCGAGGGGCACCUGCACCGGGUAGCCUACCGGGUCCCGAAUAGCUCUACGAAAGAGUUUCAUCGUAUGAUCGAUGAUCGUUUGGUCAGGGACGUACACCUGGAGGGACGUCCAGGCGAGCGGUCUAUACUUUACGACUCCAGCCAUUCAUAUGUCCUCUUCUCAAGUGCCAGCAAGUCUGAGAAUGCCGAUACCAUCACCAUCAACAACCUGACCUAUCUGGACCGGGAAUGGAUCGAGGGAGCUUGA